CCGGCGUGCGCAUGCUCUGUGCGUAGAGGUCGGCAGUGCGGGAGUUUCCCCACGUGUGUGUGAGCUGAAGGGAUCAUGUGGAGAUGGGGGCUCGCGUGACCCGCGCCGUCAGAAACUUCAAUCUGGAGAAUCGAGCGGAGCGGGAGAUCAGCAGGGCGAAACCGUCCACGGCGCCCAAGCACCCGUCCACGCGCAGCCUCCUGCGCGAGCAGCUGAGCCACCAUCCAGAAAUUGAGGGAGAAAUUGCAAGAAAAGAUAACAAGCUGCUGUCGUUACUAAAAGAUGUGUAUGUCGAUUCCAAAGAUCCUGUGUCCUCCUUGCGGGCAAAAGAUACUGAACGACAGCAAGAGCCAAAGGAAUUCAGACUGCCAGUGGGCCAUCACUUUGAUAUGAAUACCAUGGACAUCCCCAAAGGCAAAAUUUCUGUUGUAGAGGCAUUGACACUUCUCAAUAAUCAUAAGCUUUCUCCAGAAACAUGGACUGCUGAGAAAAUAGCACAAGAAUACCAUUUAGAACUGAAAGAUGUAAAUGCACUUUUAAAAUACUUUGUUACUUUUGAAGUCAAAGUCUUCCCUCAUGAAGGCAAGAAAGCAAUACAGUCAAAAUGCAGAGAAAUCACAGAAUGACUUUUCCUCUGUGUACUUCUGAUCCCUCUGUCCUCAUUUUUAGUAUGUUAAUUAUAUAAAUCACUGUGAAUUUGGUGCUCCCUGCUUUGAGAGCAUACUAUGUAUUGAGCUCUUUGACUUCUUCAGGAUUACUCAUCGGAUUAUUUUUUCCUUUUUUAAUUUGACUUCUGCAUGGGUUCUAUGUAUGUUAGGAUGAAUGAUCACACGUAUAAAUUUAUGACAAGUAACAGAUAACGUGUCAUUGAUUGGCCCAUAGUGUACAUUUAACAUUAGAAGAUUCACUCUCCAGGUUAGGAUGAUUAGUUGAUUCUUUGUAGGAGGCCUUAUAAGCAAGAGCUGGCCUGACUGCUCUAAGACUGGUGUUUUCUUCUUAGGGAAAGAUGCUUAUCAGUGAGGCAAAGUGACCACAUUUCAGAGAGGAAACUGACUACAACAUCAGUAGAAAAGGUCCAUUACUGCUCUGUUGAAUAAGAAUUUGUAAGGCCUUCUUUUGUUUUGAAUCGGUUUUAGGUAUGAAAUAAAGUUACAAAGAGGAAUCAGUGGUAUCUAUAAAAUGUUAGCAAUCUCCUUUGACAAACAGAAAUAGGUAAGCUUUCAGACAGGCAGGAACUACUUAGCUUUCCUCUAAUUUAGAAAUAAGAGAAACAUGAACAGAACCCAGGAUAAGUGAAAUUUGGUGAUCAAAUAUAUCUAUUUCUGUUUUCAUGCCAGUUGAAAGAAGAGGAAAAAAUAGCAAGUAGAAGCAUGAAAUUCAAUCCCUGAAGGGCCCUGGGAGGCACCACUGCGUUCUCUUAAACUCAGGAGCACAGCACGAGCUAGUAAUAGAAUCUUUGGCAAGAUUGAGUUCCGCUCAGUCUGAUACAUUGCACUUGUGGGUUCUUGGGUAGAUUGUGUGACCUCUCUGAAAUUGAAUUUCUGCUAUAAAGGAUUAUAGUGCUGUCUUCCUUAUGUAAAUCGAAGGGCUGUUGUGAAGAUAAAUAAUGAAGGACUACAGAGGACCAAGCAAAUACAGAUUUUUAUAGUUAAAAAUAGGUGCCUGAGGAGCAUGUAACUGAGAUUUCUGUAGUUUAUGACAUGGGGAGGCCAUAAUUUAGGUUCUCAAGAUCCUACUAAUAUUUUUUAUCUGUUAGGCCCAAAAGAAGCACAUUUCCACAGGACAGAAGGAAGGAGCUGGGAGAAUUGGGAUUGUCGGCGUCUUCCAAGGGAUAAAGGCAGGCAUUGUAUUUCCCUGGAGAGUCCCUUGGAAAUGACGUGGACGAUGUCCAGGAGGAGUUCCUCUUAGUGAUGGAAUGAGGC